UCGUUACGCGCGGACGCGUUUUCAGCUUUGGCUUCGUGUGAGAUCGACACCGGCAUCGAGACCUGUCAGAGCAGUCUUUAUUACCGGAUCAUAUCAGGAAACAAAAGUGUUGCAAAGCAGGAACUUGAAUAAAUAUGAUGUCCAAGCGUUUGUUUGCCCACACGAGACGGCUGCUGCCGGGCUCCACCUCGAGCCGCUCCAGCUCUAGCACCACCCUCUACUCGAAGGCGGCUCCAGCCGUGAUGAACCUCGUGCAGAACGAGAUGCCCGAGACGCAGCAUCGGUCCAGUGGCUACGUGGGACCCAGCUACGAACAGAUCCUUAAAACGCGCAAGACCCAUUUGACGCCCAAUGUGGUGGCCCACUUCAAGAAGCCUUUGGUCAUCCACGAGGGACACAUGCAGUGGCUGUACGACCACGAGGGGCGUCGCUACCUGGACAUGUUCGGCGGCAUUGUCACCGUCUCCGUGGGACACUGUCAUCCCAAGGUGAACCAGGCGCUGAGCGAGCAGAUCUCCAAGCUGUGGCACACGACCAACAUCUACAUGCACCCCAAGAUCCACGAGUACGCGGAGCGGCUGGUGGCCAAGUUUCCGAGCAACCUGAAGAGCGUCUGCUUCGUCAAUUCUGGCUCGGAAGCCAACGACCUGGCCAUGCUCAUGGCACGCAUACACACGGGCAACCAGGACAUCCUGUCCUUCCGCAACGCCUACCACGGCAUGUCGCCCUACACCAUGGGUCUGACGGCCCACUCCACGUGGCGCUUCUCGCUGGCGGGAGUAAACAACGGACUAGUGCACGUCAUGAAUCCCGAUCCGUAUCAAGGCAUCUGGGGCGGCGCUGCCUGCCGCGACUCGCCCGUGCAGACGACGCGCAGCUGCCAGUGCCAGGAAGGCUGCCAGGCAGGAGAUGCAUACUACAACGAGCUGGAGGAGACCUUCAAGUACAGCCUGCCCCGUGGCAAGGUGGCGGCCAUGUUCGCCGAGUCCAUCCAGGGCGUGGGCGGCACUGUGCAGUUCCCCAAGGGCUACCUGAAGCGGGCAGCUGCUCUGAUCAGGGCCAACGGCGGACUCUUCGUGGCGGACGAGGUGCAGACGGGAUUCGGCCGCACGGGAGAGCACUUCUGGGGCUUUGAGGGGCACGACUAUGUGCCGGAUAUCGUGACUAUGGCCAAGGGCAUUGGCAACGGCUUCCCUUUGGCCGCCGUCGUCACCACCCCAGAGAUUGCCGCCUCCCUGGGGCAGGCGCUGCACUUCAACACUUACGGAGGCAAUCCCAUGGCCAGUGCGGUGGGCAUCGCCGUUCUGGACGUGAUUGAGGAGGAGCAGCUACAGCGCAACUCCCUGGAGGUGGGCACCUACUUCCUCAAGUGUUUGGAGGAGCUGCAACAACGCUUCGAGAUCGUGGGCGAUGUCCGCGGCAAGGGGCUGAUGAUCGGCGUCGAGCUGGUCGAGGAUCGGGAAAAGCGCACGCCCCUGGCCACGCCCCAUGUGCUGGAGAUCUGGGAGACGUGCAAGGAUCUUGGUGUGCUCUUCGGACGCGGUGGCCUCCAUGGCAACGUGCUGAGCUUCAGGCCACCGCUGUGCGUGGGCUUCGAGGACGUGGAGUUGGCUCUGAAUACGCUAGAGACCGCCUUCCAGCAGCACAUGAGCAAGCGACUGCGUGGCUGGAGAUACGGCCAGGCCCAAAGCAGGAGCUAGCCUGGUUGUACUUCCGAUUGGCUCAUUUAUUGGCUAAGCUUAUCCGCUAGUAAUUGAACAACGUUUAUAGAGCAGCAUUAUGACCGCAAUAGCGAGGCUUCUUCGAUUUAGUUGUAGAUAUUCCUAAUCAUAGUAUACAUUUGUAUAUGUAUAUACCUAUCUAUCCUUAGUCUGAUCAGUUUGUGUGUGUGUGUGUGUGUGUGUGUGUGUGUGUGGAUGUGCGGGAUGUGUCAUUGGGAGGGCAUGUGCAUGUGGGUGUCAUGGAUAAUAAUAAACCGAUAUCCGUAGCGUAGCUGUACAAA